AUGAAGGUUCUCGCUAUCCUCUACACCGGUGGUAACGCUGCUCGUGAGGAGCCCCGUCUUCUCGGUACAAUCGAGAACCAGCUUGCUCUCCGCGAGUGGCUGGAGGGACAAGGUCAUGAACUCAUCGUCUCAGACGACAAGGAGGGCCCAGACUCUGUUUUCCAGAAGCACAUCGUCGAUGCCGAGGUUCUCAUCACUACUCCUUUCCAUCCCGGCUACCUCACCGCUGAGCUUAUGGAGAAGGCCAAGAACCUGAAGAUUUGCGUCACUGCCGGUGUCGGCUCCGACCACAUCGAUCUCAAUGCUGCAGUCAAGCACGGUGUUGAGGUCCUGGAGGUUUCUGGUUCCAACGUCGUCUCGGUCGCCGAGCACGUCAUCAUGUCCAUCCUUCUUCUCGUCCGCAACUUUAUCCCUGCUCACGAGAUGAUCGAGCGUGGUGACUGGCAGGUCUCUGACGUCGCUCGCAACGCGUACGACCUCGAGGGCAAGGUUGUCGGCACCAUCGGUGCUGGCCGUAUCGGUUUCCGUGUCCUCCAGCGUCUCGUGCCGUUCAACUGCAAAGAGCUCCUCUACUACGACUACGCUCCCCUCCCUGAGCAUGGCGCUAAGGAGGUUAACGCCCGCCGCGUCGAGGACCUGAAGGAAUUUGUCUCGCAGUGUGACGUUGUUACCGUCAACUGCCCGCUACACGAAGGCACACGCGGCCUUGUUAACGAGGAGCUGCUCAAGCACUUCAAGAAGGGCGCCUGGCUCGUCAACACCGCACGUGGCGCGAUCUGCGACAGGGACGCCGUUGCGGCCGCCAUCAAGAGCGGGCACCUCAACGGCUACUCUGGCGACGUCUGGAACGUCCAGCCCGCGCCCAAGGAACACCCAUGGCGCUACAUGAAGAACCCGCUCGGCGGCGGCAACGGCAUGGUCCCGCACUACUCUGGCACGACCCUGGACGCCCAGGCGCGUUACGCGAAGGGCACCCGCUCGAUCCUCGAGAACUACCUCACUGACAAGCCGCAGGAGCCCCAGAACGUCAUCAUUGGCCGCAAGGGUUACGAGACCAAGGCUUACGGCCAACGGUGAGCGACGGCGGCCGGCUUCCUUUCUUCUGUUAGUAGGGCCAUCUAAGACACAACAAAAUGUAAUUGUAUCGGUGAAACAAUCCGAAUGUAUUCCUAAGACCAUACUACCCUGCGUACAUCUUCCGGUCGGGAUCGGCGAGUUGUAGAUGUCGAUGAAUGUUGGGGAUCUCGUCCGUGCCUUGCAAAGACUGACGCUUUGAGGAGUGACUAUGCAUUAUGACCGACUCUUGUGUGAGAAGCAUGUAUAUUUCAGGUUUUUCAAGAACUUGUGGUGCUUUGGCUUCCUUUGAGCAUAUCUUUUUCUUGCUACUUUCAGAAACACUUGAGUUACUUAGCCC